AUGCAUGUGGAUUUGAUUUAUGUGUUCUUCUUCAAACCAAAGCCAAAGAUCUCUGCAUCUCGCAGACUGUUCUUGAAGACUAAACUGCUAAAGAAGGCCAUGACUAUGCUGGAGAAUGAUAAGCAAGUCAGAAAAGAUGAACGAGAGAGAACCCUCACCGAGAGAGUCCCAGAACUCCAGCUGUCAAACCUGUCUAUGCAGGAUCUACAGAAUCUUUGCAAAGAGCUGCACCAGAAAAUCGAUGUGGCUGAUGAAGAGCGGUAUGACAUUAAUUCUAAAGUGAUGAAAAAUGAAAUAGAGAUACGGGACCUGUCUCAGAAGAUCUUUGAGCUGAAGGGCAAAAUGAAAAGACCGAACCUGAAGAGGGUGAGGGUGUCUGCUGACGCCAUGCUGGGAGCUCUGCUGGGCGCUAAGGUCAAAGAGUCUGUGGACUUCAAGGCCAACCUCAAGACUGUGAAGAAGGAGGAGGAGAAGAAAGAGGAAGUGACCGACUGGCGUAAGAAUGUGGAUGCCAUGUCUGGUAUGGAGGGCAGAAAGAAGCUGUUUGAUGCUGGGCAGUAG